AUCGAUAUUGGGCUUGAUCUCGACCGAUUCGGGAAAUACUAAGCUGCGCGUGCGAGCGUGCGAGAAUUUUUCUUGUAUAAAACCGUUGCGUAAACCAGCAGCAACAUGUCAGCGCCACAGCAACAACAACAACAGUCGCAGCAGCAACAACAACAACAUGUGCGCGUGGUCGAGCAACAACAGGUGGAACCAGCUGAGGCGGUGACCUCCAGCAUGGAAUCGGAAUCCAUCUCGGCCAGCAAGGAGCUAACCGGUUUGACGCACGAGUGCGGUGUUUUCGGGGCCAUCGCCUGCGGAGAUUGGCCCACCCAAAUGGAUAUUGCGCACGUGAUCUGUUUGGGACUGGUGGCACUGCAGCAUCGCGGCCAGGAGUCCGCGGGCAUAGCGACCAGCGAGGGCAAGUGCUCCAAGAACUUCAACGUGCACAAGGGCAUGGGUAUGAUCAGCACCCUGUUCAACGACGACUCCAUGAAGAAGCUUCGUGGCAACCUGGGCAUCGGUCAUACGCGCUACUCGACCGCCGGCGGAUCCGGAGUGGUCAACUGCCAGCCCUUUGUGGUGCAUACGACCCAUGGCGCAUUGGCCCUGGCCCACAAUGGUGAGCUUGUUAACAACGAAUCUCUGAGGAGGGAGGUUUUGGCCAGAGGCGUGGGCUUAUCCACGCACAGCGACAGUGAGUUGAUCGCCCAGUCCCUCUGCUGCGCCCCGGAGGAUGUUUCCGAACUGGAUGGACCCAACUGGCCAGCCAGGAUCAGGCAUUUCAUGAUGCUGGCGCCGCUCUCCUACUCGCUGGUCAUCAUGCUAAAGGACAAAAUCUACGCCGUGAGGGACACCUACGGAAAUAGGCCGCUGUGCAUUGGCAAGAUAGUGCCCAUCAAUGCUGGGCACGGCAAUAACUCAGACACACCUGCCGAUGGUUGGGUGGUGUCCAGUGAGAGCUGCGGCUUCCUGUCGAUCGGCGCCAGAUACGUUCGCGAAGUGGAACCCGGAGAGAUAGUGGAGCUGUCGCGAAGUGGCUACCGCACGGUGGACAUUGUGGAAAGGCCCGACUUCAAACGCAUGGCCUUUUGUAUAUUUGAGUACGUUUACUUCGCCCGCGGAGACAGCAUCUUCGAGGGUCAGAUGGUGUAUACAGUGAGGCUGCAGUGCGGCCGGCAGCUGUGGCGAGAGGCUCCAGUGGAGGCGGAUAUCGUGAGUUCCGUUCCCGAGUCUGGCACAGCGGCGGCGCAUGGCUAUGCCCGUGAGUCUGGCAUUGAAUUUGCCGAGGUUCUCUGCAGGAAUCGCUACGUGGGACGGACAUUCAUUCAACCCUCUACCCGUCUGCGGCAGUUGGGAGUAGCCAAGAAGUUCGGAGCCCUAUCCGAGAACGUGGCUGGCAAGAGAUUGGUCCUGAUAGACGAUUCCAUCGUGCGCGGCAACACCAUUGGCCCAAUAAUCAAGUUGCUGCGGGAUGCAGGCGCCCGGGAGGUGCACAUCCGCAUUGCCAGCCCGCCGCUGCAGUACCCAUGCUAUAUGGGUAUAAAUAUUCCGACUCGAGAGGAAUUGAUUGCCAACAAGCUGAACCCCGACCAACUAGCUAGGCAUGUGGGCGCCGACAGUCUGGCUUAUCUUAGUGUGGAGGGACUAGUGGAGGCUGUCCAGCUAAAACACCGCGAUGCAGGCGAUAGUAAAUCCAAGGCAACGGGCCACUGCACCGCCUGUCUCACUGGCGAAUAUCCCGGUGGGCUGCCCGAUGAGCUGAGCUGGUGAUACCGAUUGAAGCUCAUGAUAGCUAAAAGUCGAAAAAGACUUUUGGAAACCAGUUUUGCACGCAAUUGCCCACUACGAAACAACAAAAAUCGCAGUAUAAAUAGCCAUAGAAGGCUCGGAAUUACUGUCACAAAUUUUGCAUUUAGCUUAUCUAGCAUUACAGUCCACCCAUUCCUAUUUACACUCUGUCUUGUUAGAUCUUAAGUAAGCAGCUCACGUGCUUCCCCAAGCUAAAAGACACCGAUUUAAGUCUGGUUAUGCCUCUGGAACUUUACUCAUAGUACAAAAUACAUAACUCUUUGUUGCCCUUAUUGAAUAUCACUAAAAUUUGUUGUUUGCAAAUGCCAAUAAUAAAGACACUUAGACUAUUAA